UCUUUCGAUCUCCAGACGUCAUGUCAUGACCUCACUGCUGCUCAGCAUGUCGAGCAGAGAGAGCCCAGGGCCACUAUGUCGGCACUAGCCAACGCGGCCGGCUUAGGCAUGCCGAGAACAGGCGGAAGGAGAAGGAUGAAAGAAUAUUGGAGCCCUGGUGGACAAGCUGCGACGUGGCCCUUUGUUUUGUCUCAUCAUUCCUGAGAUUCUCAGAUGCUCCAUCAUCAAUGCAAUGCCACAAGUCUGGUGUAUCUGCAUGACGCCAACCUGAACCCGGUCGCCCCCCGAGCAGACGUUGGCUCGAGCAGCGAGGAUCGCAAGCAAGACAGACAGACAGACACAUGGCCCCACGGGCAAACGGGGCAGGACAGCCAUGCUCCGCCCGCGGAUCGGAGGUGGCAGCGCAGCACAGCGCAGUGCAGCGCAUCCAUCAUGAUUUGAUCAAGUGUAUAGUAUCAUCAUCAAGGGGCGCAGACAUGACAAACGGCAGUGGUGACUGGAAUAGACGAGCACGUAGGGAUCAGGCUAUUGCUUUCAAUGAAAUGCUUGUGUGGAGAAGAAGCGAACGACACCAGGGCAAAUCAAGGACUGGAUUUAAUUUCCCAGGUCGGCCUGUGUCGGGAACGGGGACCACACUGCCACAGGAGCGAGAGAAUGAAAAGCCCAAUUAUUGUGCAGCAACACGAGUCGGUGUUGGACAGGCAGAGAGACCAGCGUGGGUGGGCAGGGCCAAGAGUCGGUCCAGUCAGGAGGGAAGGAAAAAGGCUUUUUUCGCCAGUCGCAAUUUUGCGCGUCCGUCCUGGGGGUGGUGGUCACUUUACUGGUCACUGCGUCGUCCUUGCUCCCGUAGCACCUUUAUCGGUUACAUCCUCGCAGCUUCUCCGUUCCUCGAUCCACCACGUUUUCACUUCUUGAACACGGUCGAACGACUGUUCUACAGAAAGAGCGAGCCUAUAACCUAUGAAGACUACUCGGUGAUCUUCGAUACAAGAAAAGUUAACCGACGACUGCGCUCUCGUCACAUUUGCAUAGACCAAGCCCCAUCAUUCCUCAUCCUUAAUCAGGUGAAGCCUGGUGUGAUUCUUCGGUCAUCUAUCAAGGCGCAUUUCAAAACCAAGUCUUGCAGCAAACUCGCCGGUGUCAUCAUUUCUCGCAGCGUUCGACUACACCUCUUGGGUCCUCGAAAAACGUGGCUUUGGGAUUCUCCUCGCGAUUUUUCUGCAUCCUUCCCUGCCUGA